AUGCAGUCGCGCACCCAGUUGUUGACCCCGUCAGCGCUCCGACUCGACUCGCGCCUCCCGCUCGAACUGCGCGACCUCGCCUUCACCAUCCUCCCCUCGCCCCCGACCGCCUCGACCUCGUACUCGCCCACCGCACCUCCAGCUGCCGCAGACGGCUACGCACAAGCUCAACAUGGCUUGACCACCGUCGCCGCCGCCGUCUUUGGGCCUCGCGAGCAGCAGCGCACCGGCCCUUGGUCCUCGACCGGCACCGGUCAGGGCGCAGGAGGCGGCGUCGGCGCAGCAGCAGGCGGCGCACAAAAGGGCGACCGCGGUCAGGUCAACGUCGAGGUCGGCGUCGCCGCCUGGAGCGAGCGCGUCCAGCAGCAGCAGCAGGGCUCGUCGUCGUCGUCCUCGUCCGCGGGUGCAGAAGGCGGCCUGCGCAGGGGCGGCAAGGACCGCAAGACGAUCGAGCUCGCCGCAGCCGUCAAGAACACGUUCGACAACGUCCUCCUGUUGCACCUGUACCCGCGAUCGAGCAUCGACAUCUACCUCCAGGUCCUCGAAAACGACGGCUCCGUCCUGCAAGCCGCCAUCAACGCGACCUGUCUCGCCCUCAUCAGCGCCGGCCUCCCGCUGUCCGACUAUGUCUGCGCCCUCUCGCUCGCGUCGUACCCGUCCCUCCCGCCCUCGGGCCCGCCGCAAAUCCCGCCCUUCGACCUCUCGACCCCGUCGCCGCAGUUCUCCAACGCGCCCAACGCGCACGGGUCGGGCUCGACCACCUUGCUCGACCUCGUCACGGCCGAGGAGCAAGGCCUGCCGAGCUUGACCGUCGCCGUCCUCCCGAGGAGCGGCAAGGUGACGCUCGCGAGCUUGGAGACGAGGGUCGCCGUCGGCAGGUUCGAGGAGAUGCUCAGGUGGGGUGUCGAGGGCGCAAAAGUGGUCCAGGGCGCCAUGGAUGAGGCGGUCCGGACAUGGGCCGCGUCGCUCGCCGCGCCGCAGCAGACACUCGGCGCGCUCUUCCCCGGGCUCGGCAACGCGGGCGGGACGGCAGGAGGAGGGCGAGGGGGCGUCGACGACGACGACAUGGAGCUGUGAGCGGGCGCAGAGGGCCGACGACAGCGGGUUGCAACCAACCUCGAGACGAGC